AUGCAGUCUCCGAAUAAUUCGGAUGACAGCAGUCACUCGACCGAAACUCCACCUACAUUCAGCUCUACCCGAUCACACCAUAUAUCCUCUACACAACCUUCUUCAACCCGUCCACCUAAAUCAAAUCCACAUAAACAUUUUCUCGAACGAACAGAGAAAAAUUGUCCAGAACAUCUUACUGAUCCUCAACGUAAUCGAUGGUUCAAAACUGCAAAAAAAGCUAAACGAAAUGCUCAAAUAGUACAACAAUUACCCGCAUUCCAUUGGCCUCCAUCACAUUCCAAUCAACCUAUUUUCAUCCAUCAUCUUACUCCACAUUCCACUCUUCAAUCCGUCUUCGAAACCAUUCGUGAUGUCACAGUAUAUGUUAUUGAUACUGAAUCAGAUCCACCUACACGAUUUCGAUCUGAAGCAUUACCUGCUCUUAUUCAAAUUGAAGCUAUUCAUUCCGAAACUUCCACAACAGUCCUUCUCAUUGAAGCUCAGUUUUUACCUUUUUCUUUAUCACCUACUCAUCAACUUAUCCAACAACUUUGUCAACACAUCUUUUCUCCUCAACAUUACAUUGUUGGUUGGGGUAAUGUCCUUCAAGAAUUAUCACAUUUCCAACCAUUUGCACUUUUUGAUAUAAAUCAAAUCCAACAACAUAUUAAUCUCCAAGCUUACUUUACCAAUAAUUGGAAUCAAACUCAUCCUCACCUUCCCUCCUGUCCAACUCAACAACAUCAAUCCCAAAUCAUUAUUGAUUCCGAUUCUGAUUCCGAUUAUGAUCUUAUUUGUACGGUUAAUACUUCCAAAUUCGAUGAUGAUCUUCAAUUUAACCGUGCUACCAAUAAAAGUACUUGCACCUGUCCGGAUGAUAUUCGUCCUUAUAAAAAUCCCACUGACCAAUGGGCUCUUCAAAAGGCAAUCAAAAUUACCUUUAAUGAAGCUCUUAAUAAGCUUCAUACAAUGAAUACCUGGUCCUGUGGUCUCGAUCCCUUAUUAACAACAGAUAAUACGUCUGAAUCAAUAGCUCCACGUACAGCUAUGACAUCAUAUGCCAUCAACGACGUAUCUGCACCAACCCGACUCCUUUUCCACUUGAACCACGAGAUCAUUCGUCCUCUUCGUACUUCAUUUUCAUCAACAAUUAUUUCAUCAAUUGCUCCACAACCACACGUACCACAUUUACUUACACAACAAUCACUUCAACCAUCGACUCCUGAACAAGCACCGCUUCCCUCACAUUCACCUGAACCACAAUCCACUGAAUCUUCGUCUAACCAACAACACGUUCCUGAAUUACCUUUAUAUCUUGUUUUGGCUGAUAGCCAUGGUCGACAUAUUGAACAAACAAUUAAUACACCACAUUAUACAAUCACCACUCAUUUUGUUUCUGGCCUUAAAUGGUUUGAUUCUCAACGUCCAGAUCUUAAUGCAUUCUCACUUAUACAAUCGCCUCCUAUUUCGUCCUAUUUACAUUCGGCACAAGCAAUUAUGUUAAUCAUUGGCACCAAUUCUCUUCGAUUUAUUGAUGCUGCUCAAGCUGUUCAACAGGCCGCUCAUCUAAUCGCAUAUAUUCAUACAAACCAUCCUCAUUUAAAACAAAAACAACAUAUUGCUGUUGUUGCCACAUUCCCCUGCUAUAACACUUCCAGCCGUUUUCCAUCUACUGAUUCUCUACUAUCCAAUAUUCAACUUUAUAACGAAGAACUUAAUGCAUUAUCGGAUCAACUUCACUUUACCUUUAUUGAUUUUCAUAUCACUGAUGUUCAUUUACAACCUGAUCGAAUGCAUCUUUAUCCUCAUUAUCGUUAUAUUAUAUCUAAUUCUAUUACUCAUUAUUUCAAUCAUAUAUCUCAACAUCAAUCUUCUUCUCGUACACAUGCACGCUCUAGUCAAGCUAUUAAACGUCGAAAUGACCUUCGUCAUCAGAAAUUCAAGCUUAAACAACAACAGUUUUUCAUUAAACGAAUUGUUGAUAUUAAUUGGAAAGCUACACAUGUUAAAGCUUUUCUUCGACAAAUCGAAAUUAAAUUCGCACGUGUGCUCGAAGUUCAUAACCAUACUCUUACCAUCUUAUUUAACAAUGCUGAACAACGUCACGCUGCUGAUACAGCACUAUCGGAUGACACAUUCGACGAAGAACAUUUUCAUCGAUACUUCAACACUGAACAGUAA